AUGAGCAACCAGAAAAGUAUGAUUAAUGGGGCCAGAAGCGACGACACUUCUCGGACUCCCUUGAAAAACAAUGCUGGUAUACCUAUUUUUCUUAAUCAUUUUAUACUACCUACUCCACCAACCCCUAGCAGGAAUCCAAAAGCCUCCAAGUCUAACCAUAGGAGAAAAGUUUCAUCAGAUGCAAAGUCCCACCAGUCAAACCCAAAUUACUCGCACAUGCUCUGUGACAACCCGGCCAGGAUAAUUCACACACACAUUUCUAACUUUGUCAUUCAACAGCCUUACCCCAGUCCGACUGUAAAUUCAAAAAAGAUGAGUGGCAUUAUAACAAAGAAAUCCAACUUCAUGUGCCAAUCACCCUCUAAAAAGCUUAUUGGUGCUUUCAAUCAUUUGCCUGACAAGUCACUUACAAAUCAAAUCUCGUCGAAAUCUGUUUCUCAGUUCAAAUGGGGCGAGUUUCCAAACAGGUCGGAAUAUGAUUCAGAGUCGAAGAAUAGAAAUGUCUCGAUACCAUUCUGGGACUGUUUUGGGAACAAGGCAGAUGUCACUGCAGACUCUACUUUGUCCAAAGACGUGCUUGAUUUGUCCAAUCGAAUGGAUGUAUUGGACAAGGGUAGCAGUUCCACUUCAGAGUCACUUACAACUCUCGUCUCCAAAUUGGACUCUUACAAUGACUCAUUAGCUGGACAUAUGCAAUCUGUAACUAAAAAGAUUGAUGCUCACAUUGCCGAGUGUCUGGAUUCAAAUGAGUUGGCCAGCAGUGACAUCAGUUUGAAACUGGAUUCGAUCCAAGAAACCAUUACAUUGCUAGCACAGUCAAAUUUUAGUUCAAGCUCUAUACUGGAAGAAGGCCAGAGACGAAAUAAACGCAAAAUUGAACAAGUGCAGCAGCAAAUGGAUACUAUUGAGGAUCAUGUUGGCAAAUCUGACCAGCUAAUUCAAACCCUAUCUACACGCAUUCAAGAGUUGGAGCUUGAACGUCAACAUCGAAGCAAACGUAUAUGCACCACUGCUAAAUGUGUUUUGAUUUCUGCAGCGGUCGGCGCCUUUUCCGGGAUUGCUGCUGCCGCCGGAGUUAUUAUGAGUUCGGAAUAUUAA